GUCUUGUAAAAUCACUUGAACCAAACGUUUCACUUGCAACGGUUAAACUUUGACAUCAUAGUUUAAUAUAUUAAGAAAGACACUUAUAAUAUUCCCUCUCUAUCUUUUGUCCCUUUUGCUUUGCAACUGUUUUUCAUUGAUUUUGUAAAAUUGUCUUGCAUUUCACUAAAUGUGUUAAUAUUUGUUAUUUAAAUAUCGUUUUCGUCGCAUCUUCUUGAACUUUUUUAUUAAAUCUUGGUUAAGAUUAAACCUGGCUAUGUUUAUUGGUUAAAAUAACCAGACUUGAGAUCAAAUAAAAAGAAAUGAUUUUAUGAAACUUAACCAUUGUAAUAAUAGGAAAAUUCAACGCUUAUCAAUGCAUUGAAUGCCUCGUGCUUAUCCACUUCUUUCAACCAAGUCAAAUGAUAAAAUACCUGAAUCUUCACAGUCACCAAGAAAUAAACCAAAUAUAAGACCUUCACCUUCCUCGUCGAGAGUCUCUUUAUUGUCUGUUAAUAGAAAGGAAAUUCCUCCUCACCGUUUAAGCGACAAUCUUCAUUGGCGUUGCUCAACCUGUAACUCAUUAGUAACUACAAGUGAAACUGGUGCUCAUUUAAUCCACUGUUUAAUUGAUAUUGUUGGUCCUUUCAUUGGAUCUGGAUUCCUAUCAAAUCCAUUAACUCCAGAACAUCUAGGUUGUUUACCUCGGUCGUCUCAUAUGCAAUCUACUGUUCAACAACCAGUUCAGCGCCGAUCAAAUGAUCGACCGCGAACCAAGAAACUUGAAAGACCAACACCAAAUAUAAAACAUCCUGUUAUUGAUGAGACAACUUUUGAGAAUGAAGAUGAUAACAGCGUGAGCGAAACCAGUGGUGAUACAAACAUCUCUUGUCGCUGUCGAAAACUGAUAGAUACAAAUAAAUCGAGAUACCCACCUGAAAAUCGUACAAGCCUCCUGAACUCAUCUAAAUGCAAUUUAAAUCAUCGAAUGGUUACCAGUAAAGUAAUCUCGGUGAACCGAAAUGGUGUUGGUUGGGCCCAAAGUGCAAGUAAAGUUCACCCACCUCCACCACCACCACCACCUCCGACUGCAUCAACCGUAAAAUUAGAUAGCGAUAAAAAAGUUUGCAACUCAUGUGAACGAUCAUCAGCUCCUGAAAGGCUACACAGCCACCAUAAUGUUAAAAAUAAACAUCACUAUCACGCUCAUAAUAACGCUCACCAUCAUCACUACCAACCCAAUCAAAACCAUAACCAUCAUAAUUCUUAUACUCAUUCUCGUGUUAAUUCAUCUCUUAAACAAGACCAAUCCAAUACUAAAGAAUCAAACAACAGUACAAACUCCCCACCAAAGCAGUUGUCGCAGCGAUCAAAGUCAAAAGAUGAAGACGACAAUAUUGUAAAUGAUUCUGAUAAUUUUAAACACAGUUCAACCAGUCUUGAAGAGGAAGAGAAAGACGAGGAAAAUGAUGUAGCUGGAAACAAUCUAUUGCAUGAUAUUGAUGACAAAGAAUCACCUGAUCUUGAUAAUUACUCAUCUCUCCGUGUGAAAUGCUAUCUAUGCCGUCAAGAAUUUGAAACAGAUGAAAUCGAAACUCACGAAAUUGAAUGUCUUGAGAAAUGGAAACACGCUAAUUCAAAUCUACCUGCUAACCAACGAGUUCCAAUGACGUUUAAUACUCAAGGAGGUGAACAUCGAGGAUCCAUCUCUUCAAUCACAGGCUGUGAUCUCUCCGGUUGGGAGCAUUUCAAGUCGCAACUAACUCCGUGUCCCAAAUGCGCGCGAACAUUUUUCCCUCAUCGAUUAGCUGCUCAUAAAAAAGCCUGUCUUGGUCCUCAGGCUGGUAAAAGAUCAAAAGUUAAGGGUCAGGCUCACAAUAACGCUUAUGUUAUCAACAAAAAGUGACUCAAUCUCAUCUUUUAACAGUGCCUUUAAGCUUUUCAUCUCCAAAUACUUUACGUUAUACAAUUGUACAUAUUUCAUCUCAUUUCAACCUGGUUAAAUGUUUAUUCAUCCCUUAUUCAGAAUUGGUACUCCAAAUUUGAUUAUAUUUUCAAGAUCAGUUUGCCAAAGCAAUUAUGAUGUAAAAAUUUAGCGUGUCGUCAGUGAAGAUUCACCAUCGAGAAAAAUGUAAAAUGCUGAUAAUACUUACAAUCCAAUUACAGAUCAAUUGGCUUUUAGAGCAAUAAUAAAUUUGGACUCUACAGCAGUUAUGAGACACAUUUGCCACCAUUAUCAUAUGUAAUCUAGUGGUGUUUGGAUGCUUUGAAAUAUGUGUUCUGGCUUCAUAAUCAUAAUGGCUUUUCAUAUUCAUUUGAGACGCACUGAGAUGGUUAAAUCAAUUGCUGAUUCAAAUAUGAAUACACCAUUAGAAAUAUUGUUUGCUGUUGACAAUUUCACAAAUAUUAUUACAAUUAACUAUUGUAAUUGCAAUCGUUUAAAUCAUCCUUUUAUUUUGAAACAUUUCGAUUAUUCAAAUGUAAACUUCAUCCAAUGCUUAUCUCGAUUGUAAUGAAAUCUCAAUAUCAUGACAAGAUGAGAGUCAUUUACUCAAAUGCUUUUAUAUAACAAUUUUCAAUAUUGUUUACCGGUGUAUUUACUUUAAUAAGUGUUAGUACAAUAUUAUUAAGUAAACAAGUCAACCCAAUCU